AUGGUGUUCAUCGAUGGUGCGAACGGUUUCGGUCAAGGUGGUUGGGAUGAGAGCACUCAAAAAGGCAUGGUGCGUAAUCUUGUAUCACGAGGUGUCGUGGUCGUCACACUUCAGUACCGAUUGGGUGCUCUCGGGUUCUUCACUACCUAUACCGCCGAAAUCCAACCCAACAUUGGAAUGCUCGACCAGGUAGAAGCGCUACGAUGGGUGAAGACAGAAAUUGUGAAUUUUGGUGGCGAUCCAAAUCGGAUAACGAUAGCUGGACAAGGAGACGGUGGUUGUGCGGUGUCUGCACAUACACUCAGUCCUUUGAGUCAAAGUAAUCAGUAA